AGAAAACGCACCCAGAGGACAGUAGGCACUGCCCAGUCCAGAGCGGACAGGCUCGAGUCCAGCAAGGCACCCACCCACCUGCACCGGUACUCACACACCACACCCGGGUGCCCGGCAGCAUGGCCCAGGCCCUGGGACUGGGCCUGCUUGUGGACGAGGGCGAGGACAAGAGGCCCCACUGGGACAACAGGCUCCAGUACCUGCUGAGCUGCGUAGGCUUUGCUGUGGGGCUGGGAAACAUCUGGAGGUUCCCAUACCUGUGCCAGACCUACGGAGGAGGUGCCUUCCUCAUCCCCUACCUCAUCGCGCUGGUCUUCGAGGGGAUCCCCCUCUUCCACAUCGAGCUUGCCAUUGGCCAGCGCCUGCGGAGGGGAAGCAUCGGGGUGUGGACGGCUAUCUCCCCAUACCUGGGCGGAGUAGGCCUGGGCUGCUUCACCGUGUCCUUCCUGGUCAGCCUGUACUACAACACGGUGCUCGUGUGGGUGCUGUGGUACUUCCUCAACUCCUUCCAGCAGCCACUGCCCUGGGGCACCUGCCCACCCAACCUCAACAGGACCGGGCUGGUGGAGGAGUGCCAGGGCAGUGGCACGGUGAGCUACUUCUGGUACCGGCGGACGCUGAACAUCACUGCUGACAUUGGCGACAGUGGCGCUGUGCAGUGGCGGCUGCUCCUGUGCCAGGCGGCCAGCUGGGCGCUCGUGUACCUGUGUGUGAGCAGAGGCAUUGAGACCACAGGCAAGGCGAUCUACUUCACAGCCCUGUUUCCCUACCUGGUCCUGACCAUCUUCCUCGUCAGAGGCCUGACCCUGCCUGGGGCGACAGAGGGCCUGAUCUACCUGUUCACCCCCAAUGUGCAAAUUCUCCUGAAUCCCCGGGUGUGGCUGGACGCGGCCACACAGAUCUUCUUCUCUCUGUCUCUGGCCUUUGGAGGACACAUAGCUUUCGCAAGCUAUAACCCGCCCAGGAACAACUGCAGGCGUGAUGCUGUGAUCAUUGCCCUGGUCAACAGCGCGACCUCCCUGUAUGCGUCCAUCACAAUCUUUGCGAUCAUGGGCUUCAAGGCGAUCAACGACCACGGGCAGUGCCUAGACAGGAACAUCCUCAGCCUCAUCAACGAGUUCAGCCUCCCAGAGCUGAGCAUCUCCAGGGAUGACUUCCCUGCCGCGCUGCUGCACCUCAACACCACCCACCCGGGGAGGGUGGCCCGUCUGCCCCUGCGAGCCUGCCGCCUUGAGGACUUCCUGGACCAGGGAACCUCGGGCCCUGGCCUGGCCUUCAUCGUCUUCACUGAAGCUGUGCUGCACAUGCCGGGCGCCCCCGUGUGGGCUGUGCUGUUCUUCGGGAUGCUCUUCAGCCUGGGGCUGUCCUCCAUGUUUGGGAACAUGGAGGGAGUCAUCACACCGCUCCUGGACAUGGGGGUCCUGCCCCGCUGGGUCCCCAAGGAGGUCCUGACUGGGCUGGCCUGCCUGGUCUGCUUCCUCUCGGCCACCUGCUUCACGCUGCAGUCUGGAAGCUACUGGCUUGAGGUCUUUGACAACUUUGCGGCCUCCCUGAACCUGGUCACCUUUGCCCUUCUGGAGGUGGUUGGGGUCACGUACGUGUACGGCAUGGAGCGGUUUUGUGCCGAUGUGGAGUGGAUGACUGGGCGGCGACCCAGCCUUUACUGGCGAGUAUCAUGGCGGGUGGUGAGCCCCCUGCUGCUGCUGGGCAUCCUCCUGUCCUACAUAGUCCUACUGGCUCUCAAGUCACCCAGCUACAAGGCCUGGAACCCCCAAUAUGCGCUGUUCCCAUCGCAGGAGGAGAAGCUCUAUCCCCACUGGGUGCAGGCCACCUGCGCACUCCUGUCCUUCCUGCCCCUGCUGUGGGUUCCAGGGUACGCGCUGGCCCAGUGGCUGGCCCGGCACAGGCGGCAGGACACACAGCAGGACACUGGCCUGAAGCUGCAGGAUGGCAGUGGCUGCUGAGGAGUCCCGGGCCAGGGCAGCCAGGGUGGGGCUGGGGGCCGCCCGCCUGUAGUCACUCAGACCUAGCCCCAUUACAUGCUCUGUACCGAAUGAGGCCUCGUGAUUGCUGCUCCCAGCUGUGUCCAAGCACCCUAGGCAGGAGUUAAGAGAUGUCCCGGGAGCUGAGCCUGGACAGUGGCAGUAGUGCUUCAGUCUGGCCCACCAGGUCUCCGGAGCACAGCCAUGUGGCUGUUUGCCACCCCAGGAAUCCAUGCCGGCUAGGGCAACAUUGAAGGGUACCAGCUGGCACACAGCAAGGGCGUCCCUUUGCCUGUAAGCACCCUGGCUCAGGGUAGCCCUCGAGGACAAGCCAUGCUCACAGGAACCUCAGUCAGUAGAAGGUGCCCUACCUUCCCAAGAGGAUGGCAAGUCCAGGAGGUGGAGUGCACUGAAGGGACAUCAGAGAGCCUAGGGACGCCCCUGCAGACCACAUGUUGAUGCCGCCUGAGGCUAUUCCUGAGAAGCACUGAACAUGCUGCUUUCAUUUUCCCAAAGCAGCUGAUUUUUGUCUACGACAGAACUAAGAGGCUGACAGUUGGCGAGUCCCCUGUACCUCAGGGCCCGGGUAGGGGGCACUGCUACCUUCCCCAAGCCAAGCCUCGGCCACAGUCCUGCAAGCCCUGGAAGGCUGUCCUCACCCCUGCUCCGCACUCCCUUUGGCCCUUUGGCACCAUGGAACCAGUCAGGCCCAGGCAGUGCAGCCCCACCUGGUGCCUACAGGAAGCCGGGGCGGGGCAGCGCUGUCCACGGUGCUGGAGACCAGGCAGGCCACAGGCACUUCGUGCAUGGCUAGGGUCAGAUGCCUGGUCCAAGUCCUGCCAGACUCCACGGCAAACAAAGGCACAGCCACAGCCGCCCAGUUGCAGAGUGCAGAACUGAUUCUGGAUGUCCCCACCCCAGUGCACCUCAAGUCUCAGAAGGGCUUUCCUAGGGGUCCCUCCCAGCCACCACUCGCCAUACCCACUGAGAUGGUGACAAGCACGUGAGGGUAAGCACACCGCAUAGAGGAGUCUGGACACAGGGCAGCCCCACAAUGCCACCUCACACCACCCCUGCUUGCCAGUCCGUGGCUACCACCAGAGACACGAGAUAAGCCAAGGGGAAACCUUUGGGCCCCACUGGACCCAGUGCCCACUGCCUGCUUGCACCUUUCUCAAGGAGCCCCUCCCCCUCGAUGUCCUAACAUCCCUCCUGGUCUGCAACCAAAGUGAAACCCCACUCUGGAGCCUGAACAUUAAACCACAGGGCAGGCAGGGUGAGCCUGGGCAGGGGCUGACAGGGCUGUGGUUUGCACCAGAGGGUGCCUGGCAAGUCCAGUGUGCAGAUAUGGGGUGCAGGAACCCUGGGGCCAGUCAAGCCCAAUGCUGGCCCUAAAGUAGCGGGGGCUGCCGGCAGCAGGGUGCAAUCAGCAUGCAGCUUUGGCCAAGGUUGCAUUCCCGACCACACAUUUUUAAAACUUCUAGAAGCUGAGUAGGAUCCCUGGGCCCCGACCUGGCGGGCGCGAGACAUCACGAAGGUGGUGCUGCAGCAGAUGACUCCCUGGGGCCAGUCCCAGGUCUGCAAGGGUUUACUAGAGGGGCAGAUGGGACACAAGACAUACACGUGUGUGAGACUACAAGACUGGCUUAUAACAGUCGGCCAGACAAGGAAGAAAUGUACAGAGGCCUCCAAACGGGAGGCCAAAGAUUCCAGUCCAAGGUCUGGAGCUCACUGCAGGGUCCCGUGAGUCUGUAUCAGGCCGAUGGGUCUGUGACAGAAGCCAAAAAGUCUACGGUGGAAGCCAGGAGAUGAUGUCCAAGUUGCAGUGGAAGACUGGAGCUUGUCCUCCUCCUCUGAGAGGGAAGCAAGCGGGCGUGUCCUUUCUCAUCUCCCCUUUGUACAGUCCAUGGGAACGGCCUUAGUGAGACCCCUCAAGUGAGGAAAUGCUGGGCCUGUAAAUACCUGGAGCUGACACCCUCAAUUUAGCAUCACACCAGAGUUGCACUCCAGCCCAGUAGGCCAAGACAGGCCCCACAGAGCAAGGGGUGAGCUGAGCCCUGUUGGCACACCAGUGCGGAGUUCAGCAGUAGCAAUGGCAAACAGGACAACGCCUGGCUAUCUCAAACCCUGGCACAGAGCUCACCAUGGCAUCAACUGGAAGACUCGUCCAAGGGGCUCCAGCCCGGAAGCCACCAGGACAGCCCCACACCAUGCAGGUGUAACCCAGGCACCAGAAGGGUGGGAUCAGAUCAGUCCUUCAGGGCCCCAGGGCCAUGCUGGGAGGGAGUCCCUGUCCCCAUCUGGUGCUUGCUCCACAGCGGGCCCCAGCCUAGGCUGUCACUGGCUUAUGUCCAUAGCCAAAUCCCUACCCAGUGUCACACUCCAAGGCUACUGUUCCACUGCAGGACCAUAUGGAGAGGCCCCCGCAGGUCAAAAUGUAAAUUCCCAGACCCUACCCCAUCCACAA